AAGUGUUACAUUGCAACUAUGAUUCAGUCAACUUUAAUUUAUCGUUAUGAUGCAUUGCCUUUAUGUGGAUCAGUCGACGAUGAUAAUACACCAGGAUUGAUGGAUCAGAAGAAAAAGUGCAAGCUUUUAAUCACAAGAAUCACCCCUAAUUCCGAACCGCAAGCUACCAUUGAAUCAGGAGAAUUUAACAUUCAUUACUUGAUAGUAUCUAGCAUCAUCUAUAUAUGUAUUUGUGAACGGACAUAUCCUAGAAAGUUAGCAUUUUCAUAUUUGACAGAGAUUUCCAACGAGUUUAGAAACAGUCAUGGCCAGGAGGCAUUGGCUGCUACUGCAAGACCAUUUGGAUUCAGUUCAUUUGAUAAUUUCUUACACAAGACCAAGAAGAUUUACCAGGACCAAAGAGCUCAAUCAAAUUUAGACAAAUUAAACACCGAGUUGGCGGAUGUCAAGAAAGUCAUGACGAAAAACAUCGAAGACUUGUUAUAUCGUGGUGACUCAUUGGAUAAAAUGAGUGAUUUGAGUUCAAGUUUAAAGAGUGAUUCCUUGAAAUAUAGAAAGCGUGCACAACGGAUUAACUUUGAAGCCAUGUUGAGACAGUAUAUCCCGGUUGUUGGUGUUAGUUUGGUGUUCUUGUUCAUAAUUUGGUAUAUGUUUCUUAGAUAGUGAAUAGAUGUAUAUGUAACUGUAAUACCCUUUCCGUGCCACCU